AUGGGUCUGGCAGGCCUGCUCUUCUGGGCAGGUCAGACAGUGAAUGCUUUGAUGGUGCCCAAUGGUACUCUGGCCCUGGCCCACCCUGAGGGCACAGCUGUGAGGCCCCCAAGUGGCCUGGGGGUGCCCCGGUACCAUCGGAAGCGCCACAUCUCUGCCCAGGACAUGAGUGCCUUACUGGAUUAUCACAACCACAUCCGGGCCAGCGUGUACCCACCUGCUGCCAACAUGGAAUACAUGCAUGAGGGAACUCCUCUGCUCUUGCUGAAAGGUUAUGAGUCAGACAACACCGCAGAGACGUAUAGAUCCCUCUUUUGGUACCGCUCAGUGAUAGACCUUGUGAAGCCUUGGUCCGAGGAGAAGCAGCAUUACUUGUUUCCGGUCCCGAGGGACUGUAACCCGCAGUGCCCCUGGCGCUGCAGUGGCCCUGUCUGCUCCCACUAUACCCAGAUGGUGUGGGCAUCUUCCAAUCGGCUGGGCUGUGCCAUCCACACCUGUAGCAGCAUCAAGGUCUGGGGCAGCACCUGGCAUCAGGCAGUAUACCUGGUCUGCAACUAUGCCAUUAAGGGCAACUGGAUUGGCGAGGCACCGUACAAGAUGGGGAGACCAUGCUCUGCCUGUCCCCCCCGUUACCAAGGCAGCUGCAGUAGCAACCUCUGCUUCCCUGGGCUCAAAUCCAACAGGCUCCUGUGGUUCUGA